AUGUGCGAAAAGGACGGCGAUUCGAAGGCGAGCAUCGAGGAGGACAUCGAGAACCUAUCGCACGAAGAUUUAUUAGAAAUAACGCAGAGCAGCAUCCGAAGGCUCAUUACUUCUGAUCCACUUUUGAGCGAUUUGCCCCCUGAUGUAACGUUCGAGGAAGUCGUGGCUCAAAUAGCGGUAGCCCAGGGACAGAGCAUAACUGUUACAGUUAAUAGGUAUUCUGAGUCUCCUCUGAAUGUUGUUAUUCCUCAAAAGGGUACAACAGUACUAGACCUAAAGAAAGCCAUAAGGCGUGCCUUUACGUUGAAACAACAGCGCCAGAGGAUCAAGACGAAAAUAAGUUGGAGGUAUGUGUGGAAGACCUACUACUUGCAGAACAUUCAAAACGGUCAGGUCAUGAUACAGGAUAAAAAAGAAGUAUCGGAAUACGGAAUAGCAAAUAAAUCCCAAAUUAGAUUUGUGAAGCGGCUAAGGAAAGAAUCUUCAAAGACCGAGUCAUGCUGA